AUGGUGAUGUCGCAGCUAAGCGGGAGCAUCAAAGGCGCGCUAGCGCGGAUGUCGAAGGCAAUGGUGGUGGACGAGAAGGUGCUCAACGACUGCGUAAACGAGAUCUCGCGCGCGCUCCUGCAGGCCGACGUCCGCUUCGAGACGGUCCGCGGCGUGCAGGCCAGCAUCAAGAGCACCGUCAACCUGCAGGCGCUCGCGGACGGCACCAACAAGCGCCGCGUCAUCCAUCGGGCCGUCGUGGCCGAGCUGCGCCGGAUGCUGGACCCCGGGAAGCCGUCCUUCACCCCGAGCAAAGGGAGGAAGCCGGCCAGCGUGGUGAUGUUCGUCGGCCUGCAGGGCUCCGGGAAGACCACCACCUGCGUCAAGUACGCGGACUACCACCGCCGGACGAAGGGGUUCAGCCCGGCGCUGGUCUGCGCCGACACGUUCCGCGCGGGCGCCUUGGACCAGCUGAAACAGAGCGCGGCGAAAGCCGGCAUCCCGUUCUACGGGAGCCACACCGAGUCGGACCCCGUGAAGGUGGCCGUGGAGGGCGUGGACAGGUUCAGGAACCAGGAGGGGUGCGACCUCAUCGUGGUGGACACGAGCGGGCGCCACAGGCAGGAGGCCGCGCUCCUGGAGGAGAUGCGGCAGGUCGUGGGCGCCACGAGGCCGGACCUGGUGGUGUUGGUGAUGGACGCCAGCAUCGGCCAGGCCGCGUUCGAGCAGGCGCAGGCGUUCAGGCAGAGCGCCCCGGUCGGCGCCGUGAUCGUCACCAAGAUGGAUGGCCACGCCAAGGGCGGCGGCGCGCUCAGCGCCGUCGCGGCCACGAAAAGCCCUGUGAUCUUCGUCGGGACCGGAGAGCAUAUUCCAGACCUGGAGGCCUUCGACGCCAAGUCCUUCGUGAGCCGUCUGCUAGGCUUGGGAGACCUGUCUGGCUUCAUGGACAAGAUCCAUGAUGUAAUUCCUGGUCCUGCUGAUGACAACACAUCACCGUAUCAGAUUCUGGAGGAGCUGAUAAAAAGGGGAAACUUCACGCUCAGAGAUCUGCGCAAGCUGUUCCGGGCAGUGCAGAGUAUGGGCCCUCUUGGGCAGCUCGUCUCUAUGAUACCUGGUGGACUCAUUAGCGACAAGUUCAAUGACAAGGAAGGGCAAGCGAAGAUGAAGAGGUACAUGACCAUGAUGGACUCCAUGACUGAUGCUGAGCUUGACGGGAGCAGCAGCCCGAAGCUGAUGAACCAGUCACGGAUCAACCGAGUCGCUCGGGGCUCCGGCAGGCCCGUCAGGGAAGUGGUGGACAUGCUGGAGGAGCACAAGCGAAUGGCCAAAAUGAUGACCAAGUUGCCAAACGUCAAGAGACCCAACGACAUAAAUCACAUAGCCAAUGUCAUCCCUCAGGAUCUGCUGAAUCGGUUUGGUGGCAAAUUUGGGCUGCAGAAACUCAUCAGACAAAUGGGCGCCCAAAGUUGA